UCCGCACAUAACAAAUGGCCAGAACUGAAGGUUUAAAAUAAUUUUAGAUUAUAAAAUAAAACGCAAUUUGACAAACAAUAUACUAAUGGAAUCACCUACUACAUUCAUUUGCCAGCUUGAGGCACUUCCUGAAGAAAGUGCUGAAUUUUGUAUGGGUGGCGUUUGCUGUGGCAUUUACAAAAGACAGUCAGUCGGACUACUAUACUUCUUAUGGAUAUUAUUUUUAGUCUUGGUUGUCUCUCCAGCCUUGUAUUAUAUUUUCAUUCACCCACAUUCACAAGCCUCAAAUAAUGAGCAAAGAAAUGACAUUGGAAGUAUAAAAAGACUACACAGGAAUGAAAGAAUAUGUGAAGAUAUACUGUUAAAGAAUCGUAAACAAAAUAGCAACGAGAGUGAAAAUAGAAGCAGAGUCUCUGGCCAAGAUAAAUCUAUGAAUCCCACCAAAGAUGAAAUUCGGCCAAAGAAUCAUAAAGAGCAAACUAAGAAGAGUUUUGAUAACGCAAGAGAAGAAGAAAAUGUAAGAAGAGAAGAAGAGCGGAGAAGCGUUACAGGAAAUUUUAAAAUUCCUUCUACAGCGGAUGCAACUGAAGAUCCGACUCAACCUGAAUGUGUAUCGAAUGACUUCUCGACAAAAGCCGCAAAUGACCAACGAGUAUCAGUCAUUUCGUUAAACAAUUUAAUUAAUCCAAAAGAUGACAAUAAGCCAAAAGGUGAAAAUAAGCCAAAGGUGAAUGAAAUGAAUUUGAUUCAAAAUGAUAAUGUAUCUUCCAAUGAUAAUUUAUCUUCGAAUGACGUUAAAAGUUUACAAAGUGAAAAUGGUUUAAGCAUAAACUCAGACAAACUCUCUCAUAGGCAUUCAUCGGAAGACAAAGAUGACAAUUUAAGGGAGGAAAUGACCUUAGGAGACAAUAUUCCGAAUGAAAAAUAUAAUAAACGUGAAAGUAAAAAUAGUUUAACACUUAAUAAGUCAUCAAAUGACGAGUUUAGUUUUGAACCAAAUGAUAAAAGUUCAAUUCAACAAGAUUUACCUGAUGAUUUAGAGAACAAAAACAUAACAAAAGGUGGUUUAGACGAUGAGCUGGAAGCUGGGCAUGUGACUAAAGAUGGUUUAGGCGAUGAGUUGGAAGCUGGGCAUGUGACUAAAGAAGGUUUAGACGAUGAGUUGGAAGCUGGGCAUGUGACUAAAGAUGGUUUAGACGAUGAGUUGGAAGCUGGGCAUGUGACUAAAGAAGGUUUAGACGAUGAGUUGGAAGCUGGGCAUGUGACUAAAGAUGGUUUAGACGAUGAGUUGGAAGCUGGGCAUGUGACUAAAGAAGGUUUAGACGAUGAGUUGGAAGCUGGGCAUGUGACUAAAGAUGGUUUAGACGAUGAGUUGGAAGCUGGGCAUGUGACUAACGAUGGUUUAGACGAUGAGUUGGAAGCUGGGCAUGUGUCUAACCAGAUCUCGAAUGAUAAUGAAUAUUCUAGGUUAUCGAAGAAUGAAUCUUCCAAGGAAUCUGUUAUUGAGAAAAAGGAUUAUGAUCAUAAUACACCUAAUAUAGAAAGAAGUAAUGAUGAAGAAUAUACAAAGCGAGAUUCGAGAGUCAGUAAUAUUAGUAAAAGAAGAUUUUCGUUGAAAAACAAAUUUAACUCAAAUAAGGAAGAUACCGACACUCAAGAACCUGAGAAGGCAUCGAGAACAAAUAAGAAAAAACUGUCCUUAAAACUGAACUCGUUUGUGAAAACUGAUAGCAAAAAAGAUUGACGUUAAAUGUUAAAGUACAAGGUUUUAAAUAUUAUAAG